CACACCCGAACCUUCCACAGGUGUCACAAUCAGGUCCUUUCCACUUUCGCAGCAGGAGUAGAAGGUGAUUCCCAGCGAGGAGUUUCUCUGAGCCAGCCCCUCUGCUUCUCCAGCGUGUCCGUGGGGCCGUGGAAAGUUUCCCGAAGUCUCUUGCGCAGAGGUGGGGAAGAGAGAGCGAGGAGGAGCUCCGAUCCGCGGCCGAUCCGCGGCUCUCUCUCUGGGCGCCGUGCGGGCUCGGAGGUCCGGUAUGUCGGCCGUGAAGAAUCUGCAGCAGUGGUGCCGGGUCAAGUGCGAAGGCUACCGGGAUGUGUCCAUCACCAACAUGACCACGUCCUUCAGGGACGGCCUGGCUUUCUGCGCCCUCAUCCACAAACACAGACCCGAACUCAUUGAUUUCGAUUCCCUGAAGAAGGAAGAUGUCUACGAGAACAACAAGCUGGCCUUUAAGGUUGCAGAAGAACAGCUGGGAAUCCCGGCUCUGCUGGACGCUGAAGACAUGGUGGCUCUUAGGGUUCCCGACCGCCUCAGUAUCUUGACGUACGUCUCUCAGUACUACAACUACUUCCAUGGACGCUCCCCUAUUGGCGGCAUGGCGGGUAUAAAGCGUCCGGCUGAGGCCAUCUCCAACGAACCUUCUGGGAAGGAGAACCAGGCGGUGGCCGCUAAGGUGUUUCCAGGGCUGAAACCCGCCAGAGAGAACAGUCCUUCCCGCUCUGCGAACGUCACAAAGCCAUCGCCGUCACCUAAACAGAUCAGAAUUUCAACGCAGGACGCUCAUGUUGGGAAAUCUCAAGCAGGAACGUUGAGCAACAAAUGUGCGUCAUGUGACAAACACGUUCACCUGGUGCAGCGGCAGCUGGUGGAGGGAAAGCUCUAUCACAGGAACUGUGCAAAGUCACUUUCAACAAAUGCAAGCUCUCCGUUUCGUGAUCUUCCCACAAACACCCACGUUUCCAAAUUCAGUCCCCAACCUGAACCCCGUAAGCCGGCCACAGUUACUCCGGCUAGCACACCGUCCAGACUGGGACCAACAUGGCUGACCGAGAAGACCGGCUCCCCUCCAAAUGGCUCCAGUACAUUCUCUGCCUCACCUUCUUCCCGGCCUGCCUCAGCUCUUACAUCAGCUGUUAAAGAAAGCCCACCGGUCUCUGUGUCCAAGCCAGCUGCAUCUAGUAACUCUACCUUUAGAACCAGCAUCAGCCCCAAGCCCACGGCGGCGCCUCGCACCUCCGUCACUGCGGCCAAGACGUGGGACUCAAAGAUGAAGUUUCUACAACCAGAAGCCAAGGCAAACCAUGCGGAGAAAAAGACAGUCUUUAGUACAACUGUGAAUAAGGGUCAGACUGUGAGUGGCAAGGGGCAGGAAGUGUUGCCAGGUCAGGCUGUGACUGUGGUGGUCAAUGUUAAAGAUGUAGAUAGAGGCGAGGUUGCAGCUAAAACGCCUGCUGCCGGUGGCAGAGUGAGCGCCAAUGCUAAAGAACCCGAUAAGACGAAAGCGUCAGCAGCAGCUUUCAUCUCCAAGAAACUGGCGGAGGAGAACAACAACAACAGCAGCAGCGGCAAUCCUUCAUGGACAAGUGUUUCUCUCAAAAAACCCAGCACACCUCGACCUCAAGAAGAGACACCGAAGAAGGAAACUGGGGGCGUUGGGGGGAGAGUGAAGCUGAAGGCAAACCCAUCUCUUCUGGCUGAUCUGCUGCCUCCAGAGCCUGAAAAGCCUGUUUCCAUCUCAGGCAGUCAGGGCGGAAGUGCAGAGAAGACUCCAGACAGGGGAGGCUUAAAACCUCCCAAGACCUCCCCCAACACAUCAGUGUCAGAAAAGGAGUCUCCUGCCGACUGGAGGUCAAAGCUCAAGCCGAUCUCCAAAGAAACCAAACCAGGAGCUUCUCCGCAGCCUUCAGAGUCCUCCGUUAGGCCUCCUGUGGUCAGCUCAAGCAUUUCUGUAUCUAUACCUGCAUCGAAGGGGCAUCAGAAUGGUCAGAAAGAGCAAAUUACGAAUGGCCCCAAGUCAAAGGAUUCAAAGACAAAGCCUGGUUACAUCCCCAAAGAGGACAUCAUGAGGGAGCUUAAGGAGAUUGAAGAAAAUCUGAAUGAACUGGAAAGGAAAGGAGUGGAGCUGGAGCUGAAGCUGCGCGAGAGAGAGGAAGAGGGCGCCGACGAUGCCGUCAUGGACGUGCUCAUGGUUGAGUGGUUCACGGUGAUCAGAAACAAGCAGGUGGCCAUGCGUCGUGAGUCGGAGCUCGUGUACAUAGGAAGAACUCAGGAUCUGGAGGAAGAGCAACCCAGCGUGGAGCAGGAGCUCAGGAGACUGAUGGACAAACCAGAGCACUUAAAAACGAGCCGGGACAGAGAGAGAGAAAAGCAGCUCAUGGAAAAGCUGCUAGAGAUCGUCAAUGAUAGAAACGCCAUAAUAGAAGGUCUGGACGAGGACAGGCUCAGGGAGGUAGAGGAGGAUGAGGAGCUAAACAAGAUGAUGAUGAGUUUCAACAUAAAGAAGGACAAAACCAAGAGAAAGUCUCAGAAAUUCAAACUUUUCAGCUUUGGAGGCAAGAAGGAAGAAUGACACUCCUCGAAAACGCACGGCGCCGUGUUUUUGUUCCAUGUUUCUGCUGCUUACCGUCUGUGUGCUCAGCCGGUGACUCACAGGAUGACAUCCAUACUGUCUGUGAAUGUGUGGGAGAGAGAGAUCCAUCAUCGUCAGCGUUUCUUAAAAAAAUGUCUUCCCUCUGUCAAAUGCAUCACUCAUGAUCUGCUAUUACCCCUGCCCUGCUGGUGGAACACACACACACACACACACACACACACACACACACACACACACACACACACACACACACACACACACACACACACACACACACACACACAGCGUCGGCUUCAGCACUCCAGUUGUUUAGUUAUAAUCUCCUUUUAGUCUUAAUCUGUCGACUUUAUGCCCCUACAUUCUCAGUUUCUGACUCGUAUUUUCCUGCUUACAUAAAGCAUUUAAAUGGUGUAUGUAGACCGUAACACUGGUGUAAAUAAUGGGUAAAGAACAAAACUUAAUUCAGAGGUCAGGCCGCGUUGUUUGCGGUCCCUACAAAAGAAUUGUACCCAAACUCUGCUUUGAAAGCUCUACCGAAGGAUUUCUCUCCUCCUCCAUCGUAAAAUACGUUAUUGGCACCCUGGUAAAAAUGUGUAUGGACGCCUUAAAUUAGCUUCCUAUGGAGACUUGUUCACACCAGGAAGUGACUUCUUCUUUUAGUUCUCUAAGUGUGAGAUCUGGAGAUUUUUUGGUUUUCCUCCUUACCAUCCUCACCGCUGUCCUGUUAACCUCCAGCCUCGUUUAUCAAAGUUGGACUUGUUUCAACUUGUUUAAAAACAGUUAUUUCUCUGCUUUUAUAAAUACGUGUACAUUUUGGUCAGUUGCUAAAAAGCAAUAUGCUUUUUAUUAUUUUUAAUUUUUUUUUUGGGCCAUUUCCUGCCUUUCCUGAAUGGCAUGUUCCCUUGUCUUUCCCAUUUUGGAGAGUAGCUAACAGAAACUGGGGUCAUAUUUAAAUCCCAAUAAACACUACCUUGACACUCUGAUCAAUUUUAAGAAAUGAUAUAAAAAAAAAAUCUGAUGGAUGGAUGAACUGGUAAAAAUGCGAAGGCAAAUCCUGACAUUGGAUUGUGUCCAGAUUGAAGAAAUGUUCUCAGAGUAGAUGGAUGGAUUAGAUUAAGAUAGAUUUUUCUAAAUUGUUUUGUGAGAUUGGGCUUCAGUAAUUUUUUUGUUCCUUCUUAAACAUCUUUACCACGUGUGCCAGUAAUGUUGGAGAGCUCUGUACAGUCACAAUGCUUCCUGUGUAGCUUUCUGUCAGGAUAGAAGCUGCGCAUUAUCAGUUUGACAGUUUCGUUUAAGGCUGCGUCCAGUUAUAGAGAUUUGUUGAAGUUUUUCACUGCUGAGAGAUUUUCAGCAGGUAGUUCAAUCAUUUUGACAUUUGCCACAACUACACUGAUUCUUACAGUCUUAACACAGUUCAAAUGGCAAAAAUGUUGUGUCUCAUGCUUUUAAUUAUGCUUUAAACUGUUGUCACACUUCAAUUAGAUGGUUGCUGAUCUAAAAGUCUAAAGUAGAUUUUUAAAGAAACAACAGUGUUGGGAUGUAAAUCUUCACGUCUGAAGAAAGGGACGCGUUUAGUGCUGCUGGACAGAAGAGAGACACAUCUACAUCAACAACUAUCUAAUGUGAAAGUGAAACGGUUUUAAAGGGUUGUUUCCAUUAAGUGCUGGAGGAAGUUUAUGAAUGAACUUUUCGUGGCAGAAGACUGCUUGUUGUUUGACUUUGUUAGCUAUGAGCUGAAUCUGUUUUAAGGCGCUGACAGUUAUCCACUGCAUUUAAGAUAUGGACUCCUCAUAGCUGAGAUUUGUUCUAUUCAGAUCCUAUCUCUUUACGGAAAGUUAUUUUUAGCUGUUCUUUGGAAACAUUAAGCAGAACUGAAACAUUCGUAUUAAAAUCGCAAGUUUACGUUUGUAAUUUUGUAAAUUAUGAUUGUAUGUAUUGUGAGAAAUACUCCGGUUUGUCCAAAUUCUGCUAUAAGUUCAUACAUUUAUUCACAAUCUUUUGGAAAUGAAACUCACUCAAACAGCAGUAUGAUCUAAAGAUCUCCAUGACGUUUGACAUUAAAACAAAUGAUUUAUUCUAUCUGGUACCCAACUGUGAAGAGAGGUUUAAGUGUUUAAGGCUGCUGCAUGAAAAAAGGUUCGGGUUUGUGUCAUGUGACCUUUGCUAUGCGCAAUUACAGUUAUUUCAUUACCAAGUGUUUGUGAGUCAGGAGAGCACCAGAUGUGGUUCACAUUGGACCUUAAUGUGUUUGUCUCUAAUGCUUUCAUGCUGUAUUAACUGUAUAGUGUCAUAAAUAAAUGUUUUUUUAAAAACCA